AUGCUUCCGAGAGCUAUUUUAAAAAAUGUGCCUCAACGGUAUUUGCAUGGCUGUCAUAAACUUGGGAUGACUUUUGAAGGUAAUAGUAUGCAGCACUUGGGUUCAGAAGAGGACAGAAUGAAAAAUGUGUUUGGGGGCAGAAUCAAGGGGGAUCCUCCCAGAUCCUCCAGUCGUGUCGUCAGAGGUCAGACCCGGAAAAUUGCUGGCAUUUUGGUGCCCCAAAAGCCUCCGGAACCCGAUAAUUGCUGUAUGUCAGGCUGUGUGAACUGUGUAUGGGAAAUGUACAACGAAGAUCUGCGAGAAUGGAAAGAUAAACGUAAAGAGGCCUCUCAAAGACUGAAAGGAACAGAUGCCACUUGGCCCGCCGAUUUUGAGCCUCCACUAAAGUUUUUGGAUCUACAAAACGUGCCUACCAAGUUCAAGAGUGCGAAAAUCCAAAUUGACAAGCAGAGGAAUAGAGGCACUGCGUCCUUGUUUCCGCCAAGAGAAGGCAGCCUCCCACAAAGUGUUAUAAACGCACGACAAAGGCAUCUGAGAGAGAGGCAGAAAGCUGCUACUAGCGAAACAGGUCAACCGGAAUCAGACGAAGGCUGGGAUGACGUUCCAGUAUAUAUCCGUGUUUUCGCUGAGUUUGAGGGCAAAAGAAAGGAAGCUCGACUGCAUGGAGAGCAUAGAAUUUAG